AUGUAUAGAGGUACUGUUAGGAGUCCAGCAGCUCUUACAUACCUAUUCACCUACCACGGCCAUGACUCUCUUGGAAGACCGUCUAGAUGGACUUUUGAGCACGUCACUGGCACAAAGGUUAGAGCUGAUUCAGGCAAUCUUUACCUGGGAUCAGACGAGGAUCUGGAUUCAGACGAGGAUCUGGAUUCAGAAGACUUAGCGGGUUUACUACUAUGUCCACAAAUAUUUGGGGGAACUAUAUUUUAUGAUAUUGUGCUACCUAUAAAAGGGCUCCUUGGUAUUGAAACUAUGGCACAUGUGGGUCUUGUCUACAAUAUCUUUCUGACUGGCUUGGAGAUGAACUUAGGCGCUGUCCUACUAGCAAGAAAAAAGGCCACAAGCGUUGCUAUUUUGGGCACAAUCAUUCCAAUGGGAUUGGGUGCUGCGAUAUAUGCUGUGGCUCAAACUCUCACAAAACCAUCAGAUAAACAUAAAGAUUUGUCACGUUAUAACACACCUAGUGCAUAUUUAUUCUACUCUUUAGCUCUUAGUGUCACAAACUUUCCUGUCCUUGCUGAAAUUCUUUCUGAUCUCAAGAUCCUCUACACAGGGCUCGGUAGAGUGACCUUAACAGCAGCCACAAUUAAUGACUUUUAUAAUUGGGCAAUGUUUGUGUUGUUGAUUCCAUUUGCCACUCACAGUCAAAGACCCUUUGUCUCGGUGUUGCUGACAAUGAUUUUUGUCCUUUUUUGCCAUUUUGUGUUACGCCCUUUACUUGGGCGUUUGUUAAUUAAGAGUGAGGAAAAGAAUGAGUGGGACAAUUACCAGUUGUCCUGUGUGAUCGUAGGCGUUUUUCUGUGUGCACAUAUUACUGAAUUGUUUGGUACACACUCCAUUGUUGGUGCCUUGACGUAUGGUUUGAUUCUGCCACGUGGGAAAUUCGCGGACACGUUGAUAGAAAAAUCAGAUGAUGUUGUGUCUGUGUAUCUGGCUCCGUUGUUCUUUGUAAGCUGCGCUAUAAGAUUCAACUUAAAUACUUUGAGACCGGAAAAUUUGCUUAUGGUGGUCAUAAUCGUGCUCUUGUUAUCAAUCACAAAGAUUUUAAGCACUGUAAUAGCUACAAGCUUCUUUGGUAUGCCUUUUAGAGAUGGUAUAGCCCUUGGAGCGCUUAUGAAUACCAAAGGCGUUUUGCCACUUAUAAUGCUUAACAUUGCAAGUGACAGACAGAUUUUGAGUGAGGAGUCCUAUACAGUUAUGGCGUUGGCUAUGGUUUUCAUGACUAUAGUUGUGUCUCCUAUAGUCAACUACAUAUACAAGCCAAGAAAGCAGUUUGAGAAAGAUAAGCUAAGGACAAUACAACACUUGAAUUCUGAUGCUGAGAUCCGAGUUUUGGUUUGUGUGCACAACACUCGGCAAACCACAGGAAUGAUAAGCAUUCUUGAAGCUUCUAGUGCCACUAAUGUUUCCACUUUACAUGUGCUUUCUCUUCAACUGAUUGAGCUUAAAGGACGUGGCACUGCAUUUAUUACUUCACAAUUUGACCAGAACAAUUGCCACCACUGUUGUGGACCAAAGUCCUUCUCAGAAACAGAAGCAGAAACGGAAAGCAUCAGCAAAAUGUAUGCAGAAUUUGCAUCAGAGCAUGGUAACACUAGCGUGGAGUCUCUCACUGCUGUGUCCUCCUAUGAAACCAUUCACAAAGACAUUUUCAACAUAGCAGAUGAGAAACAAGCAUCAUUGAUUCUCCUUCCCUUUCACAAACAGUCAGGCUCGGAGGGUGCUCUUGAGUUAACCAACACUGCAUUCAAAGACGUUAACCAAAAUGUCAUGCAAAGUGCACCUUGUUCUGUGGGAAUAUUUGUUGAUCGUGGACUACGGUCAUUGUCCAAAACCACUUUGCGUGUUGCUAUGUUAUUCAUUGGUGGGUCUGAUGAUCGUGAAGCAUUGGCUAUUGCUUGGAGAAUGGCAAAGCAUCCAGGGAUCCAUCUCUCUAUGGUAAGGAUUCUUUUGUGUGGAAACGCUGCUGAAGUAGACACAUCAAUCCACGAUGAAGGUCAAGGGUUGUUAUCUACAAUACUUGAUAGUGGUAAGGAGAAAGAGUUGGAUGAGGAGUAUGUGAGUUUGUUUAGAAUCACGGCAGUUAAUAAUGAGGAUUCUGUGUGUUAUGCUGAGAAGCAGGUGCACACUAGUGAUGAUAUUACAGUAGUGCUUAAUGAAUUGGAUAAAUGGAGUUUUGAUUUGUAUGUUUUAGGGCAAGGAAAAGGAAGGAACUCUUUGGUGUUGUCAAGUUUGUUGGAAUGGACUGAUUGUCCUGAACUUGGGGUCAUAGGGGACAUGCUUGCAUCAAAUAGUUUUGGGUCAUGCUCUUCUGUGCUUGUUGUGCAGCAAUAUGGGUUUGGGGGAGCAGAAUUAUUUAGGAUUAAUCAUAAUGCUGCCCCUUCUAACCAAGUGACAUCAAAUCCUGAGGAUCUUGAGUCCUCUUAUGUCCAGACUAAGUGA